GUGAAAUGCUCUCUCGCUUUUCACUCCUGAGACAGGCUGCUCCCAAUCCAAUUUUGCUGAGGAGAGGCUUUUCUUCCUUGCUAUCCACUCCCGCUGCCUCCAAGUCUUUUUCUCCUUGUGCUCUGAGGAGUAUGCGAUUGGGACAGACUAUUUGCCGUCGAGAAUUCGCUUCCUCGGGCUCCACUUGGAAUUUCCCCUCCAGAACGCUCGCGUUUUUUGCCCUUUCGUCGUUGGGCAUCGUGGGAGGCUUUUACGUAAUGUCCUACUCAAUGAAGCGCUCCAAUAUCUAUGCGGAAACGAUGAAUAUUGUAGAAAGAUGUCCUCUUGUAACAGAUAUCACGGGAACUCCUGUGGAAGAGAAGGGUUUGAUCAAAGGUAAGAUGGCGCACGGAGUAGCCGACAUGCACUUUCUAGCGAAGGGGCCGAAGGGGGAUGUGCACAUCUCUCUGACGGGAAAGCUCCGGAAGGACAGCAAGGUGGACUACGACCUUGUUUCCGUCGACGUUCACUCUUCUUCCAACAAAAACCAACCGAUAAAGCUUGUGGAAGGGGGGAAUGUGAUUGUGCCUUUAGUGGAAGCUCCUAUUUCCGUAGUUGCUGCCGAAGAACCUGCCGAUCCAGAAGCGAAGAGUAAUGCAGCGGCUACCGCCCCAAAACAGUACGGAUUCCUGCUCGACAAGCCGUGGUACUAUCGAGUGGGUCUUGCGGUGGCGUGCGGCGUGCUUCCGCCAAGCCCCCAAGAACUCCUCCGCCUAUCAGAGUUUGCUGUCUCUGCUGAAGGAGAACCCGAUCUCGCGCGAUCUGCUGGGCGAGAAUGUAGCGUUGCAGGACUGGUUGCAUGUAGAUCAAGAGCGCGGGCGAGCUGGUGGGCAAGAGCGAGGAGAACUGGGCGAACUUCUCCGUGA